AUGACUAGAAUUUCCCCCCGAAGGAUCAGUGACCCCCAUGCAAACUUCUCGAUACCUGUCUUUAACAUUAUCAUACAGAAAAACAGAUCUGAUUUGAAAAGUUAUGUCACUGCAGUCCCAGAGGACACGGCAACUGGUACAGCCGUGUUAGAACUAAGCGUGUUGGACGCAGACGAAAAGACUGAAAAUUUGGACUACUUUGUCACCAGUGGAGAUCCAGAGGGACGUUUUCUGGUCCAUACAUCUGGCCAGCUGUAUGUGGCGGCUGCGUUAGAUCGAGAACAGCAGGCUGAAUACAGACUUACCAUUACAGCAACUGAUGGUAAAUUCACAGCUAACACGACAGUAACCGUAACUGUUAUAGACGUAAAUGACAAUGGACCAGUAUGCAAAGAACCUCUUUACAAACGCGAGAUCUCAGAGGGAGUGAAUUUAGGAACCCACGUAGUCUCUGUGCUUGCUUGGGACGCUGACGAAGGCACAGCUGCACGCACCCGCUAUACCCUCAUCGGAGACGGGUCUGAACACUUCAGCAUAGACCAACAGAGCGGCCACGUCACCACAGCAACCCUGCUGGAUCGUGAGAACAAAGAUUACUACUCCCUUGUAGUGGCAGUGGAAGACUGGGAGUACGCGGAGUGGUCGUGCCAGGUGCAGCUGCAGGUGAGCGUCAGCGACACCAACGACAACGCGCCGGAAUUCAGUGAGGGAAGCCACAAAGCUACAAUAGCUGAGGACGCGCCUGUCAAUACGGUCUUAAUCAAGAUGCACGCUACAGACCCCGAUCUCGGAAUCAGUCGGCGAAUCAAAUACAGUUUCGUGGAUUCUGCGGACGGCCACUUCACCAUCGACGACACGGAGGGCGUGGUGAGUCUGGCCCGCCCACUCGACCGGGAGACCCGCGACUCUUACACGUUGACAGUGCGGGCCCAAGACCAUGGGGUCCCGCCGCUCUCAUCCACGGCUCUUCUAACUGUGAUGGUCGCAGAUGUCAACGACAACCCGCCAGAAUUUGUGCGGAAGUUGCAAGAGACAACAGUGGCGGAGAACACGAAGGUCGGGGCAGAAGUCACUCGGGUCAUGGCCACUUCAAAGGACAUCGGUGUUAAUGCAGAGAUUACGUACUCGAUUCAGCACACGACCGAGGAGAAGUAUUUGCAAAUACAUCCCAAAACAGGUGUGAUCAGCGUUGGGUCUCCACUGGACUACGAAGAGGUUCGGCAGGUCGUGGCAACCGUGCUGGCCACCGACGGAGGGACGCCUCCGCUCUCCGCAACCGCCCUCGUGAAUGUCACCAUCACCGACGUCAAUGACAACACCCCAGUGUUCUCUUUGCCUUCGUACACGGCUGCUGUGCGCGAGGAUGCUUUGCGGGGGAGCAGCGUCAUUCAGAUUUCUGCAAGCGACGCGGAUUCUGGCGUGAACAGCCUUAUUCGCUACACUAUCAAGGCUGGUAAUGAGCUCCGCUGUUUCCACAUAGACGAAGAUUCUGGUAUCAUUACAGUGUUGAAAAAGCUAGACAGGGAAAAGGAGGAAGAGUACCAGCUAAUUGUUGAAGCACGAGAUAUGGGCACGCCCUCCAACGAAGCAGACGCAAACCUCAUUAUAUCUAUUAGAGACGUAAACGACAACCCACCCGUUUUCACAAAAAGCAAUUAUUCUGUGGUAGUUCAGGAGAACCGCCCCGUUGGCUACUCCCUGCUGCGCCUGAUGGCCACAGACGCAGACUCCGACUCCCACGGCGCCCCGUUCACCUGGGAGCUGAUCAACGAGGCCCACGAAGACCGCGCCUUCACGCUCGACCAGGACGGCUCCCUCAGGCUUGCCACGAACAAACUCAACUACCGCGUACAGAAUGAAUACUCGAUGGACGUGCGAGUCUGGGAUAGCGGGUCUCCGCCACUGUACGCCGACACUCGGGUCAAGGUGCUGGUGGUCGAGGAGUCUCGCUACCCGCCCACUCUGUUCCCUCUGCAAGCCGCCGUUAUUAAUUACCGGAGCGCCUUCCCUGGCGGCAUAAUCGGGCGUAUAACCGCCCUUGACCAGGAUCCAUAUGAUACCUUGGUGUACUCCAUCGUUCUGGACACAAAAACUGUUAAAUAUUUUGACAUCGACAGCCAGGAUGGUACUUUAGUGGCCCUGACUCCCCUGGACCCCGGCUCGUACACCGUCAACAUAAGCGUGUCAGAUGGCAAGUAUGAGCAAGACGUAGUGGCCAAGGUGGAUGUAGCUGUCAUCACGGAGGACAUGAUAGAAAACUCGGCCAUCGUCAGGAUUGGCCCUGUGUCACCAGCCGAGUUUCUCUCUCGAUAUCAGAAAGCUUUCAUUAGGGCCAUUAAAUCAGAACUUGCUGUUAAGGAGGAAUCUGUUAUACUCGUAAGUAUUCAGCCAACUGUUUCGCAUUCUGAUUAUGUUGAAGAACAGAUCGAAGAAAGAAAGAAGAGAGAAAUACAAAGGAAUUUAGAUGUGCUGAUAGUCGUAGAAAAUUCCGAAGGUUCUUACCUUUCCAGAGGACAUUUACUUGAACAAUUAAGGGUCAAGGAAAACGAAAUACAAAAGAAAUUAAAUCUUCCGCUGUUGACGAUAAUGGAUUCCCUUUGCAAAGGAGAAGCACACUGCAUGAAUCAUGGUUCUUGCAUCGACGUUGUUGAAAUCAAUGAUGAUGUGUCUGUACCAUUCAAUACGCAACUAGCAAGUUUAGUAGCACCAAAAUUCUCCCACGUGUCAGGAUGCGUUUGUGAACAGGGAUAUGGUGGCAGUCAAUGUCAAGAUUUAAUAAAUGCGUGUGGACAUCGUCCGUGUGCCGAGUAUGAAGUGUGUAAACCCGUUGACACUGGGCCGCGAGGCUACACUUGCCAGUGUCCCGCCGGACGUGCAGGUCCACAGUGCCAAGUAGAUCUCACUAAGUGUAUAAGCCCCUCUUUGAGAGCUGCAAUCCUACUGCAGGUGGCAACAUUACGAUAUCUUAUGUUCAGUAGCUCUUACUGUAUCAUCCCUCUCCCAGGAGUCCAGCGACCAGAGCGCGACGCGACCCGCAUAAUGCGUGAGUCAUGCAGCCCAAACCGUCGCGGUCACAGUCCUAAACCCUCACCAUCCUCCUCCCACUUCCCGUUGCUGGCGUGCAUAAGUUUUGUUACGUACAGAUGUAACAUGUGCUCAGCAGCAAAGAGUCUAUCAGUUGGCCCCAGUGACCGGUCCUGA